AUGGCAGAACAGGUAACGCUUGCAGCUGGCGCUGCCAGCAAGAAUGAUAACGACCCGCCGACGGGCCUGUACUUCUUCUACGGAACGCUGAUGGAUGCAACGCUUCUGGUCGAGCUGCUUAGUCUGGACAAACGCCCGGACCUGCGCCCCGCAUAUAUAAAAGGCUACAAGUUCAAGCUCUGGGGCCCGUAUCCGGCACUACUGGACGACAAGCAUGACGAUACGGCUGUUAUUGAAGGGGCGGUGUUUAACGUCGAGACCGUCGAGCAUGCACGCGAGCUGGCCCGGUACGAGACGAAAAACUAUACGACUGGGAGCACGACAGCGUACUACAGUGAUGGGCGGCAGCCGGCCACUGACCAGGCCACCAUCUACGUGUUUGCAGGUAAUAGGGCCGAUCUGACGGAGGGAGAGUUCAACUUGGAGAGGUGGAUGAGAUUCCAGGGCAGGGGAGGCGUGCUGGAUGAGUUGGCUGCCAAGAAGGUUGAUUCUGCUUGA